GGUCCGAUUUUGCCGCCCCAGCCCUGCUCAAUGGCAGACCCUGAGGAGCUGCGGAUUUCUUCGCCGCCCCCGCCGCCCCCCUCCUCUCCCUCGUCUUCAGACGCCUCGUCAGCGUCUUCCCCCGGCGUUCCAGUGAGUUUGGGCUGGCCAGUUCCGAGCAGGAGCAGCGGCCGAACGGUGGACCCUCUGGAGGAAGUGGAGCUACAGAUUGGAGACGCAGCAUUUUCAUUAACCAAACUUCUUGAAGCCACAUCUGCAGUAUCCGCUCAAGUGGAAGAGCUUGCCUUCAAAUGUACAGAAAAUGCACGUUUCCUUAAAACAUGGCGGGACCUCUUGAAAGAAGGCUAUGAUUCUUUGAAGCCUGACAACUGAUUUGGCUGUGUAAUAAUUCAUACUUACUCAUUUUUGGUAUUUGCACAUGUACCAUAAGUAUAUGGUUGUCUCCAGCAGUUCUGUAUAUUCAGAAUGAAAUCUUCUUGGUUUUCUCACUUUUGUGAAAGCAGAAUACUGAUUCUGUUUUUCAUGCUGGAUGAUAUUUAUCUUUAAAUACUUUCUGUCCUCUAAACUUUAAAAGUCUAUUUUAUGAAAGUUAAUUUCAUCAGUAGAUAACGUUAAUAAUGCUACAGUGUUACCAGUAGAAAAAAACAUGUAGAUCAUUAUUCUGUUUGAUUUCUAAGAAGAUGUCAGAAAUGCCAGCGUUUGAAGUUGAGCUUCAUUUUAUGGACCAAGGGAAGUAACUAAGGUUACCAGUGUUGGCCCAGCUCCACCCCGCCAAGUUCCCUGGAACUAAUGAUUGUGUCUUACUUCUUUAUCCCCAGCACCUAGAACAAUGACAGUGUCACACAACAGCUAGUAAAUGUUUGUUGAAUAAAAGAGUUGACAAUACAGUUGAAAGCUGUUUUUUUUUUUUCACAUGAAACUUAGAAUUGUUUUUCUAAAAAAUAUUUGAAUUAGAACCUCACAGACUUUUUAGGAAGACAUUCUUUUCUUUAUAGGAAUUUGCAAUUUAACUGAUAACUUUUAAAAGUGUAUGAUAAAUAUUUUUUAUUCCUUAUGAUGCUUUAUAAAAAGAUUUUACUUCAGAAAAUGAAAGCCUGUCUGGAAAGAUUAUAUAUAUAUAAUUUUUUUUUCCCUUUUUAUUUCUCAGGUUAAUUGCUAUGUGAUGUUGUAUGUUUGAUUGUUCUCUUUAAAGUGCCUUAUCAAAAUUAAGGCUCUGUAUUACUGCUUUUUGAACUUUGCACAUAAUAAUUCUAAAUUCUAAAUACAAUCAUUCUAAAGAUACUUUGUUUUUAAUGCAUCAAAUUUAAAUGAUGUGAUUGGUUUCAUAUUAUUUGACUUUAAUGACAAUGUUCUAAUUUACUUGUCCCAUAUCUUAGAUUGUUCUAUCUCUUUUUGCUGGUUUAUGUCAUAUAUGUCAGGGAUUAAGCCAACUAAUUCUCCAUAACGGGUAGGCAUCUUUGAUAUGGUAUCUUAAUUCUUUUGUAGAUAUGGAGAUGUGUAUAGAACUAUAUUCUAAAGCUCUAUAGUGGGAACAAAUGGAUGGACAAAGAAUAGUAUUAUUUAGUAUAUUAGGUCAUAGUUCUUGAUUAAUUUUUUUAAGUUAAAGAUAGCAUAUGAGGUGUGUUUCUACCAAAGAGAUACUUAUUUUGAUAUUAGAAAAAUAUUUUUCUUAUGUCAUCAAAAUUGCAAUUUGCAGAAUAUACAGAAAUAAACAUGUUCAAAGCAGAUUUUAUUUCUUUUC